UUCGACCUCGACGGGAAGAUGGCGGCGGCGGCGCUGAGGGCCGUGGGCAGCUUCGGCCGCCUCCCCGCACACGCCAGGGCGGCCGGGCCGGCCUGCCGGACGCCGCCCCGCGGUUAUGCCUGCCGGAACGUCUCCACCUCCGCUGCCCUGCAGGCCAGGACCCACGUGAGCUGCGACAUCAAGGGGGACGUUGCUGUCGUGCGUUUCAACACACCAAAUUCCAAGGUGAACACCCUGUCGCAGCAGCUGAGCGCCGAGUUCACCGAGGUCAUGAACGAGAUCUGGGCCAACGAGGCCGUCAGGAGCGCCGUCCUCAUCUCCUCCAAGCCCGGCUGCUUCAUCGCCGGCGCCGACCUCAACAUGCUGGAAGCCUGCAAGACUGCUCAGGAAGUGACUCAGCUCUCUCAGGAGGGGCAGAAGAUGCUGGAGAAGAUCGAGCAUUCCCCAAAGCCCGUGGUUGCUGCCAUCAGUGGCAGCUGCCUGGGAGGAGGCCUGGAGGUCGCCAUUGCCUGUCACUACAGAGUGGCAACAAAGGACAGGAAAACCGUCCUGGCCACGCCUGAGGUGCUGCUGGGUCUGCUGCCCGGAGCAGGGGGUACUCAGAGGCUGCCAAAGAUGGUGGGACUCCCCGCGGCCUUCGACAUGAUGCUGACCGGGAGGAACAUCCGCGCCGACAGAGCCAAGAAGAUGGGGCUGGUUGACCAGCUGGUGGAACCCCUAGGGCCGGGUGUGAAGGCUCCCGAGGCGCGGACGAUCGAGUACCUGGAGGAGGUGGCCAUCGGCUUUGCCAGGGGCCUGGCCAACAAGACCGUGUCUGCCAAAAGGUCCAAGGGGCUGAUGCAGAGGCUCACAGACUAUGCCAUGGCUCUGCCCUUCGUGAGGCAGCAAGUUUACAAGACCGUGGAGAGCAAAGUUCAGAAGCAAACCAAAGGACUCUACCCCGCUCCCCUGAAGAUCAUCGAGGUUGUGAAGACAGGUCUGGAUCAGGGCCAUGAUGCUGGAUACCUCAUGGAGUCCCAGAACUUUGGCCAACUUGCACUGACCAAGGAAUCCAAGGCGCUGAUGGGGCUCUACCACGGGCAGGUGCACUGCAAGAAGAACAAGUUCGGAGCACCUCAGCGAGAGGUCAAGACUCUGGCUGUGCUGGGAGCAGGGCUGAUGGGAGCUGGCAUCGCCCAGGUGUCCGUGGACAAGGGCAUGAAGACCAUCCUGAAGGACACGACGCAGAAGGGGCUGGACAGGGGCCAGCAGCAGGUCUACAAGGGGCUGAACAGCAAGGUCAAGAAGAAGAGCCUGACAUCGUUUGAGAGGGACUGCAUCCUCAGCAACCUGAUGGGGCAGCUGGACUACAAGGGCUUUGAGAAGGCAGACAUGGUCAUCGAGGCCGUGUUCGAGGACAUCAACGUCAAGCACAAAGUGCUGAAGGAGGUGGAGGCCGUGAUCCCUCCUCACUGCAUCUUCGCCAGCAACACCUCGGCCCUGCCCAUCAGCCAGAUUGCUGCUGCCAGCAAGAGGCCUGAGAAGGUCAUUGGGAUGCACUACUUCUCCCCGGUGGACAAGAUGCAGCUGCUGGAAAUCAUCACCACAGACAAAACCUCCCAGGACACGGCGGCCUCCGCCGUCGCCGUCGGCCUCAAACAGGGCAAGAUCGUCAUCGUGGUGAAGGACGGGCCUGGAUUCUACACCACCCGGUGCCUGGGGCCGAUGCUGUCGGAGGUGGUCCGAGUUCUGCAGGAGGGCGUUGACCCGAAGAAGGUGGAUGCCAUCUCCACGGCCUUCGGGUUCCCGGUGGGAGCCGCCACGCUGAUCGACGAGGUGGGCGUGGACGUGGCCACGCACGUGGCCGAGGACCUGGGCAAGGCCUUCGGGGAGCGCUUCGGGGGAGGCAGCAUCGACCUCUUCAAGCUCAUGGUGCAGAAGGGCUUCUUAGGUCGCAAGGCAGGGAAAGGCUUUUAUGUUUACCAGGAGGGAGUGAAGAACAGGAGUGUGAAUUCCGGCAUGGAUGAAAUCUUGGCACAGUUCAAGGUGCCGGCGAAUCCUGACGUCUGCUCGGACGAGGACAUCCAGCUGCGCCUGGUGACGCGCUUCGUGAACGAGGCCGCGCUGUGCCUGCAGGAGGGGAUCCUCAGCACCCCCGUGGAGGGGGACAUCGGGGCUGUCUUUGGCCUGGGCUUCCCACCGUGCCUGGGAGGUCCCUUCAGGUUCGCCGACUCCUAUGGAGCCCGGCAGCUGGUGGACAAGCUGCGCAAGUACGAGGCCGUCUACGGCAGCCAGUUCACGCCCUGCCAGCUGCUGCUGGACCACGCCAACAGCCCCAGCAAGAAGUUCCACCAGUGAGGGACCCGGGGACGCGCCCACAGCAGCUCCCCGCUGUCCGUAGGUUCAUCUCCAGAGCACCUGGGGGAGGAGGGAGGGAGGGGGGCACCGGGCUGCCUCCUGGCUUGCAAGUCAUUUCAAGUGCCUUAUCAGCCACUGUGUGUUGGGCACCUCCGUCCCGGGCCAGCCUCUCCGUGCUGGAGGGGGGAUUUCUGCUGCCUUUGCCUCCAUGCUGCGGCCUCCGGAGCUCCCAGUCUGGCCAGUAACAUCCAGCACGUGGCUGGAAGCCGAGGCCUUGCCUUUCCAUGGACAUCUACCAAAAUAAAGCCCCGCCUCCUGGG